AUGCCAGAUAACUUUUCACAAUUUGUCUGUCCUAACAAGGCUAGCUCCUUGCACCAAGGAAUACAAACAUGCAAAGCAAUGUUACAAAAACAAGGUGUACAUUCUACUAUAAGUAUGGCAUCUGCUGGAUUCAAGUAUAUCGGUAAACAAGAUACAGUCCGUUGUGAUAUUUGUCAACUAGAAGUAUCUGGAUGGACUUUGGACAUGAAACCAUUUACUAUUCAUGCACAACGAAGCCCUAAAUGUACAUUUGUCCGCUCAAUUCUAUUCGACGCAAGAGCUCCUAAACCAGCAAUGGUGGAUCUUCUUGAAAUGAAUUCGACCUUAACAAAUGAUAAAAAGUCAUCCAAAUGUCAGAAAAUCGAAGCAACACAAGAAAAUUGCCAGCCACAUAGACUUAUCGAAAUUGAUAGACUUAAACAAAUACGAAAGCGAACAUUUUCACAUUGGCCACAUCGAGCAUCACCUUCAAGUCAACAAAUGAUCAAAGCUGGGUUUUUCAGUUGUAAUGUUGGAGAUCGUGUCAUUUGUUUGCAUUGUAAUAUUAUUUGCCAUGAAUGGACUUCAAACACUGAUGAUCCAUAUGAAGUACACAAAACACUGUCUCCUCAAUGUCCAUAUGUCAUUGCAAUGUUAAACAGUCAAACAAAAUCAUCAAAUCAUAUUCUUAAUCAAGAACUGAUCCAAGAUAACUCUAUAGGGAUGGCAAAUAACAAUAUAUAUCAGAGUAAUGAAGUUCUUUAUCCUGGUGUAUGCCAUACAAAUUAUAUUGAAAUCUCUAGACGUCGAGAUUCUUUUGAAGAAUGGCCGAAUAACAAUUCUCCAUCUGUUGAUGAUUUGGUCAAUGCUGGCUUUUUUUAUACAGGCAAUAAAGCUAUUGUAACAUGUUUUUAUUGUAAUGGUUCAUUGGAGGAUUUAAGAGCAAACGAUAAUCCAUUCACUGAACAUACUCGAUUGUUUUCACAUUGUGCAUUUGCCAAAGAGCUGUGUGGUGCAGAACUAUACCGAGAAAUUCAACAAGUCGAAGGAAGACGUGACAAUGACAACGAUGAAGUCACUUUCUCAUCUCAUAUUAGAAGUCGACUUGAUUUGCCUAUCUCAAAAAAUUUACUUGCUCGAGGUUUUCCAUUAUCGAUCAUCAAACGUUGCUAUAAAGCUCAAUUUGACUUAAAACAUGAAGAUUUUGUCAGUGAUUCUGAUCUUCUAGUGGCUUGUAUGAUUCUUCAAAAACAAAUCGAACAUAUUGACGAAGAGAUUAUCAUUCCACAUGUAAAAAUGAAUCAGAUUCGUGAACAACAGGAAAUAGGUAUUCGUAGUUCAACUAAUAUAUAA